GGAGGUACAGACGGUCUCGGGGACCCGGGAGCGGGGUGCCGACCUCUCGGGACCACACCUCCCGCUCCCGCUCGCAUGGCGAACAAGAAGCUGGUGGUGGUGUUUGGAGCCACAGGUGCCCAGGGGGGCUCAGUGGCCCGGACGCUCCUGGCAGAUGGGACAUUUAGGGUCCGAGUGGUGACCCGGGACCCUGGGCAGAAGGCAGCGAAGCAGCUGACGCUGCAAGGUGCAGAGGUAGUGCAGGGAGACCAGGAUGACGAGGCCAGCAUGGAGCUGGCCUUGAGCGGGGCUCACGCCACCUUCAUUGUGACCAACUACUGGGAGAACUGCAGCCAGGAGCAGGAGGUCAAGCAGCUUCUCUCUGGUCGGUGGCUGUUGAGCCCAGGCUGCCGUGGGAGGGAUGUGAGACGAACAUGCAUCUUUUUAAAAUCUCCUGGAAGGUAGAGACACUUGCAGUGGGCCUGUCACAUAGCAGGCGCUUGGGUAUUUGUAGAAGGUAUGACUGGCGCAGCCAGUUCCAGGGCUGAGACCCCUGGCUUUCAGUCCUGCCUCGUCCACGGCUCCCCACCGCCUUGACUGUGGAUGUGACUUCCCUGAGCUGGUCUCUCUUUCCUCUUAUGUAAAGGGGCCACUUGGGUCCAUAAAGGGAAGCUGGACUGGACCACUGGUCUCUGUUUUUAACCUCGAGCCUUCAGUUGCUGUCUUACCUGGAAGCCCAUCUCAGAGGGUGGACAAAGAGAACUUUUCUGGUUCAUGCAGAUCCUGUCAACCUGACCGCCUGUGCCAUAACAAAUGACCACAAGCCAGGUGGCUUAAAACAACAGGAAUUUAUUCUCUCCCAGCUCUAAGUCCAGGAGUCCAACAGCAAGGUGUUGGCCCUGCACUGUCUGGAGGCUUGCCUCUUCCGGUGUCCGGAGGUGCCAGCUCUUCGUGUGGUCACGUCACCCCGGGCUCUGCCUCUGUCUUCACGCAGCCUCUCCUCUUCUCCCUGUCUCCUCUUCCAUCUCUCAUAAGGACACUUGUCAUUGGUUUGAGGGCCCACCAGGAUAAUCCAGGAUGAUCUCGUUUAUUAACUUAAAAAAUAUCUGCGGAGACCCUCUCCCAAACGAUGUGACAUUCACAGGUUCUGACAGAUGGGAGGUGGACAUGUCUCUUGGGAGGCCACCAUCCAGCCCCCUACACAGCCUUAUGCAGCAGGGUCCCCAUUUAACCAACGAGGCCAGAGCAGUUAGACCCUUUGUCCUGGAAGGCACAGCCAGGGAGCUGCAGAGCCAGUCUUAAGCCCAUGUGGCGUGUCUUCUGUGCUGAACAGCUGAGCCAUAGCACUUCCUUAGGGGCGGCUGGGGCUCUCCAAGGAAGACGGCACAGCACGGCGCAAGGUGCUGUCUAAGCACAGGCAGAGACGGGAAGCCUCUGUGCACCCCCUCCCAGGUGGCACAUGGAGGACUUUGGUCUAGUACCCUGGACGGUGGGACAACCUGGAUGAUCUGGAGAAGGGGUGCUAAGGCUGUGUGGCUGGUGGGAGGCUUCUAAUCCUGGGGUAGAGGAUGUGAUGCUGUGGGAGCCACACAAGAAAGGGGGAGCCUUAUCAGAGGGGUUAGUGACUUGUGGCUCUUGGCACAGUGGCCCCUGGGGUGGGAGAGCCAGGGCCACAAUGGGGACACACACCCUUCCUCUGAGUUUUGUGGCUUCUCCCUUCCUGCCCACCUGCCAGGGAAAGCUGCUGGCCGAUCUGGCCAAGCGCCUGGGCCUGUGCUACGUGGUCUACAGCGGCCUGGAGAACAUCAAGAAGCUAACGGGGGGGAGACUGACAGCGGGACACUUUGACGGCAAAGGGGAGGUGGAGGAGUAUUUCCGGGACAUCGGCGUCCCCAUGACCAGCGUGCGGCUGCCCUGCUAUUUUGAGAACCUCCUCUCCUACUUCCUGCCCCAGAAAGCCCCGGAUGGAAGGAGCUACUUGCUGAGCUUGCCCAUGGGUGACGUGCCCAUAGAUGGCAUGGCCGUGGCCGACCUAGGUCCCGUGGUGCUCAGCUUGCUAAAGACCCCAGAGGAGUACGUCGGCAGGAACAUCGGGCUCAGCACCUGCAGGCACACAGCGGAGGAGUACGCUGCCCUGCUCUCCAAGCACACAGGCAAGGCGGUGCGCGAUGCCAAGACAAGCCCCGAGGACUACGAGAAGCUUGGCUUCCCCGGCGCCCGGGACCUGGCCAACAUGUUCCGUUUUUAUGCCCUGAAACCUGACCGCAACAUUGAACUGACCCUGAAGCUCAACCCCAAGGCCAGGACACUGGACCAGUGGCUAGAGCAGCACAAAGGGGACUUUGCAGGGCUGUGACCCUGCCCAUGUCUCAACCCCGUCUGGGGGGACAACGGGGGGUGCGGUCACAGUGACCCUCUCUUGUGUUACAAGAAAGUUUAUUUUUAAAAUAAAGGCCAUUGUUCUCACAGAUGGCUUCCAAAAGAAAA